GAGAGAGAGAUAUGUUUAAAUUUUAAUAACAAUAAUUUGAACUCAAAAAAAAGAAAAGAAAAGAAAAUUGAAUUGCAUUUACAACACACUCGUGACUCCCGCUGUUGCAGAAGCCGAAGGAGACCACACCACACCACACCUCUUCUUCUUCUUCUUCUUCUUCGUCUGGUUUCUCUUCUCCAUUUUUGAUGUAUAGCGCUCAGAUCUCUCAUUUUUCUCAUUUUCAUUUCAAAAUCCAAAAGGAAAGGAUUUGGUGAAGUAAGCCAAAGCCGAAGCCCCAGCCCCUGAUUGAAAUGACAAUUGAUCUACAACCAUCUAUGGCGCAAAGUGUAAGAACCAGUAGGCCCUCCUUUAGCUCUACAAAUGGCAAUGAGGAUACUCCCACCCUUUCAAAUGGAGAUGAAUAUGAUAGUGAUAGUUCCAAUUUGACAGCACCCCCUACACCAACAUCUCUAUCAAUGGCAAUUCCCCCAGAACUUGCUGGUGCCAUACCAUUAAUCGAUAGAUUUCAGGUAGAAGGUUUUUUAAGGUUAAUGCAGAAACAAAUUCAUUCUGCUGGAAAACGUGGAUUUUUCUCUAAAAAAUCUGUUGGACCUCAAACUCGGGAGAAGUUUACAUUUGAGGAUAUGCUAUGUUUUCAAAAGGAUUCUAUACCAACGUCUAUGCUUAAAAUAAAUACUGACCUGGUCAGCAAGGCAACUAAGCUGUUCCAAAUUAUUUUGAAGUACAUGGGAGCUGAUCCAUCCGACCGAGUUACUCCAACAACCCUAGAUGAACGGAUAGAGCUUGUGGGAAAACUUUACAAGCAAACAUUAAAGCGAAUAGAGCUUCGAGAUGAGUUAUUUGUUCAGCUAUCAAAACAAACUAGGAAUAAUCCUGAGAGGCAAUACUUGAUUAAAGCAUGGGAGCUGAUGUAUUUGUGUGCCUCCUCAAUGCCCCCUAGCAAGGACAUUGGUGCUUAUUUAUCAGAGUAUGUUCAUAAUGUAGCACAUGGUGUAAAUACUGACUCCGAAGUUCGAGUUCUAGCUUUAAACUCUUUGAAUGCUUUGAAGCGUUCUGUUAAGGCUGGUCCUAGGCAAGCUAUACCAGGACGCGAGGAGAUUGAAGCUCUAUUAACUGGUCGAAAGCUUACAACUAUUGUGUUUUUUUUGGAUGAAACUUUUGAAGAAAUCACUUACGACAUGGCAACAACAGUAGUUGAUGCUGUUGAGGAACUUGCUGGGAUAAUCAAAUUGUCAGCAUUCUCCAGCUUUAGUCUAUUUGAAUGCCGUAAAGUUGUAACAGGCUCCAAAUCACCUGAUUCUGGAAAUGAGGAAUAUAUAGGGUUAGAUGACAACAAAUAUAUUGGGGACCUAUUGGCAGAAUUCAAAGUUGCAAAGGAUCGAAGUAAAGGAGAAAUACUGCAUUGCAAGCUGACAUUUAAGAAAAAGCUGUUUAGAGAAUCGGACGAAGCUGUAACAGAUCCAAUGUUUAUACAGCUGUCAUAUGUACAAUUGCAACAUGACUAUAUAUCAGGCAACUAUCCUGUAGGAAGAGAUGACGCAGCACAGUUGUCUGCACUGCAAAUUUUGGUUGAAAUUGGAUUUAUUGGUACUCCUGAAUCAUGCACUGAUUGGAAUUCGCUUUUAGAACGGUUUCUACCAAGACAAAUUGCAAUAACACGAGCAAAGCGAGAGUGGGAAUUGGAUAUUCUUUCUCGUUACCAUUCAAUGGAACACUUGACAAAAGAUGAUGCAAGACAGCAAUUUUUGCGAAUAUUGAAAACACUUCCUUAUGGAAAUUCAGUUUUCUUCAGUGUUCGAAAGAUUGAUGAUCCUAUCGGACUUUUGCCGGGUCGGAUAAUUUUGGGCAUCAAUAAGAGGGGUGUUCAUUUUUUUCGUCCAGUUCCCAAGGAAUAUUUACAUUCAGCAGAGUUGAGAGACAUAAUGCAAUUUGGAAGUAGCAAUACUGCUGUUUUCUUUAAAAUGAGAGUUGCAGGCGUUCUUCAUAUAUUUCAGUUCGAGACAAAGCAGGGAGAAGAAAUUUGUGUUGCUCUUCAAACACAUAUAAAUGAUGUCAUGUUACGUCGCUACUCUAAAGCCAGGUCUGCUGCCAGUGGUUCGACAAAUGGCGAAAUUUCGAACAAUUUUAAACCAUCUAGUUCUAGUGUGGAAGUGUACGAGAAACGGGUUCAGGAUUUAUCAAAAUCUGUUGAAGAAUCCCAAAAGAAUGUUGAUCAGUUGCAACAAGAAUUACUUGAAAAGGAAAGUGAGGCAGCUAAGUUAAGAGAAGAUUUGGGGGAUUUGGAAGUAUCCUUGAGAUCUGAGAAGCAAACCUUGGCAGAAGUUACAUCUGACCGCAAUAGACUUUCAUCACUGUAUGAGGAAAAAGACAUGGCUCUCCAAGCUAUGUUGUUAGAGAAAAGAAACAUGGAAGCGAGGUUGGCAAAGUUGAGUGAUGCAAUGCUGGAGAACAGUACAAAAAAGGAUGUGGCUGGUGCAAAUAGCCAGGCAUUAUACAAGCUUCAAGAUGAGUUAAAACUUCGAAGUGAGGAGUUGCAUGUUGCAGAAGAAACUAUAAAGAGAUUGAAAGAUGAAAAGCUGUUGUUGGAGCAAAGGAUGUUUGUACUUGAAAAGAAGAAAGUUGAUGAGAUGCAGUUGCUUGAGAAAAAAUUUGAACAACGACGCAAAUUGUUAGAAUCUCAAGUAUUUGAGCUUGAAAAAAAGCUUGACGGAGUCACACAAGAGUUAGCUAUUUCCAAAUCAACUCUUGCAGUCAGGAACUCUGAUUUGGCUACAAUACAAAAUAAUUUAAAAGAGCUAGAUGAAUUGAGAGAAAUGAAAGAGGACAUUGAUAGAAAGAAUGAGCAAACUGCUUCAAUCUUGAGAAUGCAAGGGGCUCAACUCGCUGAGCUUGAAGUUUUAUACAAGGAAGAACAACUUUUAAGGAAGCGUUACUUUAAUACUAUCGAAGAUAUGAAAGGGAAGAUUAGAGUUUUUUGUCGAUUAAGACCUCUUAGUGAAAAGGAGAUGGUUGAGAAAGAAAGAAAUGUGAUUAUGGCCUUGGAUGAGUUUACAGUUGAGCAUCCAUGGAAGGAUGAUAAACUGAAGCAGCAUACUUAUGAUCGCAUUUUUGAUGGCAGUGCUACCCAAGAAGAUGUGUUUGAAGAUACAAGGUACUUGGUGCAAUCUGCAGUGGAUGGAUACAAUGUGUGCAUAUUUGCUUAUGGUCAAACUGGGUCUGGGAAGACAUUUACAAUAUAUGGAUCAGAGACAAAUUCUGGACUUACUCCACGAGCUAUAGCAGAAUUGUUUAAAAUCUUAAAGCGAGAUGGCAAUAAAUUCUCCUUUUCAUUGAAGGCUUAUGUGGUUGAGUUGUAUCAAGAUACACUUGUAGAUCUAUUAUUGCCUAAAAAUGCGAAACGCUCAAAAUUGGAAAUCAAGAAAGAUUCAAAGGGAAUGGUGUCCAUUGAAAAUGUGACAGUUUUGUCAAUUUCAAAUUAUGAUGAAUUAAAUACCAUCAUUCAUAAAGGCUCUGAACGACGACACACAUCUGGAACUCAAAUGAACGAGGAAAGUUCAAGAUCUCACCUUAUACUUUCAAUUGUUAUUGAAAGUACUAACCUUCAAACUCAGUCUAUGGCAAGAGGAAAGUUGAGUUUUGUGGAUCUUGCUGGCUCAGAAAGGGUGAAAAAGUCAGGAUCAUCAGGUAGUCAACUCAAAGAAGCCCAAAGCAUCAACAAGUCACUUUCGGCAUUGGGAGAUGUCAUAAGUGCUUUGUCAACUGGUGGUCAGCACAUACCUUACCGAAACCACAAAUUAACCAUGCUGAUGAGUGACUCACUUGGUGGUAAUGCUAAAACGCUUAUGUUCGUUAACGUAUCUCCCGCUGAAUCAAAUUUGGAUGAGACAUACAACUCGCUCAUGUAUGCUUCGAGAGUGAGGUCAAUAGUAAACGACCCAAGCAAAAAUGUCUCAUCAAAAGAGGUAGCCCGGUUGAAAAAGUUGGUCGGAUACUGGAAAGAACAAGCAGGUAAAAGGGGGGAUGACGAAGAGUUGGAAGAAAUUCAAGAAGAACGACCAGCGAAAGAUAGGGCGGAUGGCCGACAUUCUAUGUAAUUCUUUUUGUAUCAAAUUAAUGGCACAAACAUUGUACAAGUUUACCAAGGAAAUUGCUUGCUUGGCAGUGUUUUUGGAUGGAGAGCGGUUAUUAGGUAGGUAUAUGGCAAUGAAGGAUAGAGCAGAUAGCCAGCAUUUCAUAAUAUUUGACUAUUGUUUGUUUGUUUGUUUUCCUUCUUGCUUAUAUAAGAUGUAUAUUGCGUGUAUAUAUAAGCUUCACUCCACCCUUUGAAUUGGUGCAUACACAAAUGACUUGAGUAUUUUUGUUUAAAAACAAAGAAGCUACUUUCUUCUGUA